CACGGUGAAUGGCUGCCCGUAGAGAGAAAUAGUCGGAUUCCUCCAUUGAAACACUUUCCAGCAGAUCGCAAGCGAGGGGAAUAUUUGAGGGCUGAGCAGCUUUUAGCUCUUUGGUCGCCGCAUCAAGUUUGGAAACCAGGCAAUUGGGGAAUUAUUUCUCAUUUUUCUGCCCCCCGGGGCCCGUGCCAACCCGGAGCUCGUGUCCAGCUGGGCAGCGGUGCGGGCGCACACACUCACCGGGUACCGCAGCCCUGCCGCGGCCGCACACAUCACAGAAACACCGGCGCCCGACUUUAACGACUCUGUAGUACUGGGCUUUACGAUAUGGCUCAGAUGCUGCAGAUGGCGAUUCCCAACUUUGGCAACAAUGUCUUGGAGUGUCUUAAUGAGCAGAGACUUCAGGGACUGUACUGUGAUGUGUCAGUGGUGGUGAAGGGUCACGCAUUUAAAGCCCACCGGGCAGUGCUGGCUGCCAGCAGCUCCUACUUUCGAGAUUUGUUCAACUCUGGAAGUAAGAGCUCUGUCGUGGAGUUACCACCAGCGGUCCAGCCUCAGAGCUUCCAGCAGAUCCUUUCCUUCUGUUACACUGGCCGACUUAGCAUGAACUUGGGCGAUCAGUUUCUCUUAAUGUACACAGCAGGAUUCCUGCAGAUUCAGCAGAUUAUGGAAAAAGGCACAGAGUUCUUCCUAAAGGUCAGCUCACCAAGUUGUGACUCACAGGGUCUUCACACAGAAGAAACACCACCCUCAGAACCCCAGAGCCCCGUUACUCAAACUGGGAGUGGUACAGUAGGAGGGUGUGCGGUUGCAACGGCUCGACCUGCUUCCUGCCUAACGCCCCUUCCUUUGGUGUCAAGGGUGAAGACAGAGCAGCAACCUCAAGCCCAGCAGUCCCAACAAGAAGCAUCAUCAUAUUCAGUGGUUUGCACUCCAGUUGCUAAGCGUCUUUGGGAGGGAGGUAGCCGUGAAGGAGGUGGAGGAUCAGGAGGAGGGGGAGGUAUGAGGAAAGCAGCCCGCUAUUCACAGGAAGUGGCACGGGGCACGGGAGGGGCACCGCCUCAAAGUGCAGCCUUAUUGGGUGGAAGCGGUAAUAGCAACAACAACAACAAUAACAACAACAGCAGUAACAUGCCAGAAGGCACCAGCCCAGGCACCCCCAGCAUGUACACCAGUGACUCGCCAAUCUCUUACCACGAUGAUGAUGAAGAAGAGGAAAUCACAGAUGAAACAACUGAAGAACAGUACAGACAGAUCUGUAAUAUGUACACUAUGUACAGCAUGUUGAAUGUAGGGGCAACAGCCAGCGAACGAGUGGAGUCACUACCAGACCACCUCACAGUUGAAUCAAGGGGAAGAGGAGUUCGAGUGAGGCAAGAUCUGGCCUCUCUUCCCACUGAGCUCAUUGCGCAGAUCGGAAACCGCUGUCAUUCUAAACUCUAUGAAGAAGGUGACCCUGCUGAGAAACUGGAGCUAGUAACAGGCACCAGUGUUUUUAUUUCACGUGCUCAGCUGAUGAACUGCCACGUUAGUGCAGGCACACGCCACAAAGUGUUGCUCAGGCGGCUCCUUGCUGCCUUUUUUGACCGAAGCACCCUUGCAAACAGCUGUGGGACAGGCAUUCGGUCCUCCACAAAUGACCCCAACCGCAAGCCACUCGACAGUCGGAUUCUCCAUGCUGUUAAGUUUUACUGCCAGAAUUUUGCUCCUAGUUUCAAAGAGAGCGAAAUGAACGCGAUCGCUGCAGACAUGUGCACUAAUGCACGCCGCGUAGUACGCAAGAGCUGGAUUCCGAAACUGAAGAUCCUGAUGGCAGAAAGUGACGCUUAUGCCAACUUUCUUCCGGACGCUUCCAAAUUGGAGUCUGAUGGCUUGGCUGUGGAGCAUGCUUUUGAAACAGGAUCCCUAGAAGGUGGUACAGCCUCUGAAUCUGGCCAGUCAUCUGCAGAUGCCCUGCAAGGUGUGAGCGGGGAGGGUAACAGCUUGUUUUAAUUUUAUUUCCUUGAGGCCCUCCUUGUCAAACUGCAGAAACACAUUCCCGAAGAGGAGGGUACUAUAGGUAUAUUUGGGAUGAGCGGAAGUGGAAAUGGUGUCUGGAAGCUCCUAUCCAGUCUGAAAACACUGUCAUGAUUCUGAAUAUCUUUUUGGAGAAUCCAGAAAGUUAAUGUUGCUGGACAUAAGAUUGUAUUCAUCUGUUAAUAUUUAGUGGCUGUGUACCUGCUUUCUGGACCCCAUUUCCUCUUUCUGCACCCUGAGACACCUUUACUUUUUUUCUUUUAAAUUACAUUUUCUUUUUAUCUGAACAACAUUUGUAAUUUUUUUUUCUUUUUGCCAGCUAUUCAACUUUUUGUCUUGCCAAGUAUCCCAAGAGAGGCAAUGUGUCAUUUAUGAAUGUAAUGAAUUUGUAAGAGGCAAUCUGUUUAUCUGAAACUACUGUUGAGUUUUGAUAGAGAGAGUCUGUGCAAGAUUCUCACCUUUUGAUCAACGAAUAGUGAAUUGUUGUCCACAUGUUUUUGCAUUAUUUUAAUCAUUUUAUUUUGGUAUAUUACCAAGGCUUGAUAUUGUUACUUUGGUUUAUUUUAAUCAAAUCGUCACGAGUUUUUACUGUCAAAUAUCUCCAAAGCAAAUCCCAAAACACUCCCACAAAUUUAAAAAUCAUUAAGGCCUUUUAAAUUUGUCUUUCUGUUCUUAGUAGUUUUGCACAACACAUGACGUAGGACUGGCAUCUGUGUGUUGUGUAAAUGAGUGUGUAUGGAGGCUGUAGUAUUUGAUGUGCUGUAUCUCACAGUUGACUGCUUCAUGCACCGAUCGCACAAGCGUGGUGCAUGCUGCCGCGUGAUGCAUUCUGACAUACUACGCCUCAGCGCCUCUGACAGAGAUGCACUAAAUGCUCUGAUGAGUGCAGUAUUAGAGAUUGGCACUGAACAGGCAUCAGUGCCCUAGCUAUGGUGGUUCUAAACUACUAAAGACCACUCUGAGAGUGGAAGCUGUUUUUUUUUUUUUUUAUGCGGAUUUGAAAAGUCCAUUUUUAAUUGUCUCUUGAUGGCUUUCGGGUUUUAGAAAGAGUAGUUCUUGAAGUCUGUAAUGCUAAUGAAGAGCUGUUGUAACCACAGGUUUGGAGAUGAAAGUGACCAUGCCAUUUAAAGUGUAGUUGCACUCUUAAAAUAUUUAAGGAUGUGUUCAAAUUAGAUUUCCAAAGCAUGACCUGCAUCUUCAGGUGUUUUAAGCACACUUAUGUCAUGAAAUGUGGACUGUAUUGUUUGAAUUUUUGAUUAUGGCUGAAGAAAGGCUAUGAUUGGACAAGAUAAUCUCAGUCCAAAAGAGUAAAAUAAGUUUUAACCUAAAAACUAAAUU